GAAGAUCCAUCCUGGGAGUAUGUGCCAGACACGGCUGUGCAGCAACCCGAAACCAAGGAAAAGAAAAGAACAGGUGAACGCCGUCAUUGCAAAUGGUGUGCCAAGUACAAACCAGACAGAUGUCAUCAUUGCCGCGUGUGUAAGACCUGCAUCCUGAAGAUGGAUCAUCAUUGCCCGUGGAUCUACAACUGUGUUGGAUUCAGGAAUCAUAAAUUCUUCUUCCUGUUGUUGCUCUACUCAGCGUCAGCAUGCAAUUUCAUUACAAUCACAAUGAUACCGACUGUGGAGAGCGCAGUGCAGCAGAAUUCUGCCUUUGCCCAGAUGUUUUUGGUUCUGUUCGCGGAGACGCUCUCCGCUUUUUUGGGUAUCCUGAUUACAUUUUUCUUCUUCUUCCAUAUAUGGCUGACUUUUCAGGCCAUGACUACGAUUGAGUUCUGCGAAAAGAACACAAAAAAUCAGAGCUAUGGCAGCUCUGUACAUGACCGCGGCAUCAAUGGCAACAUUAGAGCUGUUCUUGGAGACUGGAUUCUCCUCUGGCUGCUGCCAGUGUCGCCUCCCUCGGGCAACGGCACAAACUUUAAUGCAUCUCGGCCACAGUUGUAG